AUGUCAGCAACGCCUCGCAAGCCUGGAACCCCCGGCAGUUCCAGCAAAUCAUCGACCGCAGAUCCGCCCUCAACCAACGGGUCCACCACACGAGGACAUGCACGCUCGCCCAGCGCCGCAACCAACGGCCUCAACCGCUCUCCUUCUUUAAGAGGUUCGACGCCUGUCUCUGCACGCGCCGCUGCACGAAAACCCGGCCGAUCUAACCUGAGCAUGUCCAACGUCCCGCGGAUCAACAACGACCCCUCCGAGGAGGAGGCGCGGGCUCAAAAUGCCGCCCUCAUUGAAGAGCUGCGAGCACAGCUCCAGAAGGCUGAGACGGCCUCGGAACAAUAUCAGAAACAACUCGGUGUCUUGCAAAUGCGCCUCGACGAAGCUGUAAGCGAGCAGGGAAAGUUGGAGGACCAAGCCCAUGAGAAGGAUACUCGACUGGAAGCGCUGAAUAGCGAGAUUCGGGAUCAGGCUCGCCAGAUCCGCGAUCUCGAACAGAACCAUGACUUGGAGCGGAAUGCGAUGUUGCAGGAGAAGGAGCAGCAGACGAGUCGGGAGGAGGAGUUGCAAGCUACCAUCCAGCGCUUGAAGGACUCGGUGGCGCAGAAGAGCAUUCCUGUCAACGCAGAGGGUGAGCGUCAGAUUUCCAGAUCCUCGAGCUUCCGGAACAGAGCUUCACCCGAUGUCGACGGCCAAUUCGCCCCAUCGUCACAUCUCGAGCGCAGCCCCUCCCGAAACAAUUCCAACCUUCUUCUCCAGAAAGAUAAGCUUAUCGAGUCUUUGCGACUCGAGCUCGCUGAACACCAAAUCAAAUUAGUAGAGAUGGAGAAUGCAGGUGGAGGUCGGCAGCGCGAGCUCGAGAAGGAGCUCCUGGAGGCUCGGAUGGCGAAUGCUCGUCUCAUGGAAGAUAACGAGAGCUACCAACUCUUGCUCAGCGAGAAGACUCUCACCGGUGACUUCACUAAGGGUGACUUCAUGCAGCAUGCCCAUCCCGAUAAGCAGUCUAGCGGCGGCUUGGGUUCUCUAGCAGACGAACUCGAGUCUGUCGACGAAGCGCCUGAGACCGAACCCAGUGGCAAGGUGGACACCGAGAUUAAAGCUCUGAGAGACCAGAACAAGGCUUUGUCGCUUUACAUCGAGCGGAUCAUCAGCCGCGUGCUGCAGCAUGACGGCUUUGAGCACGUUCUUGACAAGAACGAGGAUGAACCUGGUUCUAAGACCGUCAAGCCCGUGGAGAAAGACUUGCCUCCUACGCCUCCUGAGAAGGAUGAUGCACCCAGCCCGUCCUUCCUACAGCGAGCCAAGUCUGUUAUGGCAGGACCUCCUCGUUCCCAGCCUCGAUCACGCCCAACGAGCAUGAUGCCCCCUCCCGCAUUGCCGCACAGCAGUGCCAACGAAAACCCGGAUACAGCACCCAGCAUCCCGAUCCGAACCCAGUCAGUCCGCGCUGCCCACCGUCGCACUCGCUCAGAGCAGGUCGAUCCAAACGCUGCCUCUGUCGUCGGACAAAUGUACCGUGGCCGGAACUCCGGUGGACCAAUGAGCCCCUCUGCAAUGGGCCCCGGGUCGCGCCAGAGCAUGUUCUCCGGUGCUGCAAGCUACAUUUCCAGCCGCGCACCAUCAAUGUCAAGCCAACCAGAUCGUGGAGGCCGCAGCAGUUCGCCCAGUGUGACUAGCGACAUUCAUGGCGACACUAGCUCAACGGGGGCAACUUCGAGCCCUCCUCGCUCUAGCAGCGGUAUGAACAACUACACAGGCGCAGUAAUGACGCAGAACAAAUUGCGGCCCUUGCGCCUGGUCAGCGAUGCUGCCAAGCAAGAAGAAGAAGAGGCCGCACGCAAGAAAGCCAACCGCGCGAGCUGGAUUCCGGGUUGGUUCAACCGUCCUGUUAACCCGGAUGAGCAGUCGCAGCAGUCGCAGCAGCCACAGUCUUAG